CGCACAAGCACCGACAGGUUAGCAAGUUCUUCCGUGAUCUAAGGAAUCGAGUCACACAGAGUUAAGGAAAAGGGACCAUGUAUGUAUGAAUGAAUGAUAGUACUGACACAUGCUCACUGUUUUCUGCUUAUAUUUCAUUUUCUGGUUUCAUUUCUUCUCCCCAAAAAGGCUGCUUGUGCUUGCCAAACACAUUCCGCCCUCCCUCCACCUACAAAGUUUAGUAGCCUAUUUUAGGGACACGCCAUAACUGACAUUCUAGCUAGCUAGCAAGUUUUUGAUUUCUUCUGGGAUGGACGUGAAGAACGAUGUGGUGGUGUGCACCCCGUUGGAAUUUGAGAGCUUGGAAGAAAUGGUGGCGUCCAUGGAGAAAGCAAAGGCUGAAGGUGCAGAUGUUGUGGAACUUUGCAUGGCGUCCAUGGCAGCCCCUUACCUUUCUCAUCAAGUAGUUGACCAACUUCUUGAACGAAAAACUCUUCCUGCUAUUGUCUCCUUCAGGCUCAAAUCAUCCCGGACCUUGAGCAAGGGAGGUUGCUAUGACACUUGCCUGAAAGUUUUGAAAAGGGCACUAGAGCUUGAUGUUGAAUUCGUUGAAAUGGACUAUGAGGUAGCUUGUGAGGUGAAUAUGGCAGAAUAUUUGCACAACCGUUCAAAUACCAGAAUCAUAGUAUCCAACUAUGUAAAUGAUGGGAGACCUUCAGUAGAAAAGCUUGUCGAUAUAAUUGCAUGCAUGCAAGCCACAGGAGCAGAUGUUAUCAAACUUGAUCUCUGUGUUGAUUACAUUACAGAUUUAGCACCAAUCUUUACAGUUCUCACUCAUUGUCAGGUGCCAUUGAUUGCUAUGGCAGUUGGCAACAGUGGUCUGAUAAGCCAACUGUUAGGACCAAAAUUCGGUGGUUUUUUAGUAUAUGGAUCUCUCGGAGGAAAACCAGUCCCUGGAUUACCUUCUCUUGUCAGUCUUAGACAAGUUUAUAAGCUCGAAUAUACAAAUGUGGAUACGAAAGUUUUUGGCCUCGUCUCAAAUCCAGUUGCUCAUAGUAAAGGCCCUAUUCUUUACAACCCUACCUUCAGACAUAUGGGAUAUAAUGGAAUUUACGUUCCUAUGCUUGUUGAUGAUAUUGAGGAGUUCUUUGAAACCUAUUCAGGCUCUGACUUUGCAGGUUUCAGUGUUGGAAUCCCACAUAAGGAAGCAGCAAUCAGGUGCUGUGAUGAGGUCCAUCCAAUAGCAAAGUCUAUAGGAGCAGUGAACACUAUAGUAAGGAGGCCCAUGGAUGGGAAGCUAAUUGGUUAUAACACAGACUGUGAAGCUGCUAUCUCUGCUAUAGAGGAUGCACUAACAGAUAGGAAGGUUAGCAGCAAAGGAGUGCCCAAUAGUACUUCUUCCUUGAUAUCCGGAAGAACAUUUGUUUUGAUUGGAGCAGGAGGUGCAGGAAGGGCACUAGCUUUUGGUGCUAAAUAUAAAGGGGCCAGAAUUGUCAUUUUCAACCGCGAUUACAAGAGAGUAAAAGCCCUCGCUGAUGAGGUUUCUGGGGAAGCAUUGCUGUAUGAAGCUUUAGAGAUGUUCCGCCCGGAGACAGGGGCGAUCCUUGCAAACGCAUCUGCCAUUGGAAUGGAACCAAAUUCACAUCAAAGUCCUGUUUCCAAGGAGGCUUUGAGAGCAUAUGACUUGGUUUUCGAUGUGGUUUACACUCCGAGAAACACACAACUCUUGAAGGAAGCUGCAGAGGUCGGAGUCACUACUGUGAGUGGUGUUGAGAUGUUUGUCAGGCAAGCUCUUGGCCAAUUCAGGCUGUUCACCGGUGGCUCAGCUCCUGAAGACUUGAUGAGAAAACUAGUAAUGGAACAAUUCUGAAAUCAGCAACCCACUGCUCAAAAUGACAGUAUCUUUCUUCUGUUGGUUUUUAUGGUGUUCCCAUUAAUUUCCUCAAAUAUGUAUAUAUAUAGUACAUAAAGUACCUUGCUUUGUAUGCAUCUUAUGGAUGACUAUAUGAUCUGUGUAAGUAGUUUCUAUUGUAAAUGGUUAUAUAUAGCUGAAUCUUAUUAUA